UUCUUGUCAAAGUUUUCUACCAAUGAACGUUCGACGUGUCAUUCAUGUGAAAUCAGGGAGUGUUUUGUUUGUUUAGUCUCUCAGCUUUAUAGCUGAUUGUGCCAAUAAUAACCAGAGUCAGUAAGAUAUGGUCUGCGUGAAAUCUCGGUUUAAAUGGCGCUUGAGGAUGAGCUGUCGUGUCCCGUGUGCACUGAGCUCUUCAGUGAUCCUGUGUUGUUGAGCUGUGGUCACAGUUUCUGCCGUCGGUGCAUUAAUGAUCACUGGACCUCGAGUAGAUCCAGAAACUGUCCCGUCUGUCGACAGGCAUCACCGCAGCCACCGGUGUCCAAUCUGAGCCUGAGGAACACCUGUGAGUCUUACCUGAGAGAGCAAAGCACGAGGAAAGAGAGGGAUGGAGGACAAGAGUGUCAGAUACAUGGAGAGAAAAUUGAGCUGUUCUGUCAAACAGAUGAACAGGCUAUAUGUGUAACAUGUAAGAAAAACGAACACAGAUUUCACAAAACACAAACGUUACAACAGGCUGUUCGACAACGAAAGGAGAAGCUGAAAGCAGCUCUUCGUCCAGCUGAGAAGAGCCUGUGGUCAUUGCAAAAUGGUGCAGCACAAGACGCAAAAAUCUCUAAUUACAAUCAGUCUCAAGUUCAGCAGACAGAGAGAAGAAUCAGGGAGGAGUUUAAGAAAAUCCACCGGUUCCUCAAAAAGGAGGAGGAGAGCAGGAUAGCAGCGCUAAAUGAAGAAGAGAAAGAAAAGAGAGGAAAGAUGGAGAAGAAAACAAAGAGCAAAAUACGUUCACUCUCAGACAGACUCCGAGAGGUGGAGGAGGGAAUGAAGGAUGAUGACGUCACCUUUCUUCAGAAUUAUAAUGACAUUAUGAACAGAGCUAAAUACACACUUCCAGAUGCAGAAAUGAAUUCAGAGCUUCUUAUUGAUGUUUCCAAACAUCUGGGCAACUUGAAGUAUCAAGUGUGGGAGAAGAUGAAGGAUGUCUGCCCUUACUAUCCUGUGAUCCUGAACCCAAAUGCAGCUCCACCGGACCUCUGUGUGUCAGAUGAUCUGACCUCUGUGACCUCAUCACAUCUCCAUCGGCAGGACAAGCCCAAAGCUCUUCCUCUGCACAGGAACCGUGUGGUGCUGGGGAGUGUGGGAUAUGGUGAUGGUGUUCACAUGUGGGAAACUGAGGUGGGAAACAGUCGGCACUGGACACUAGGAGUGUGUUUUGGAUCGGAGGGAAAAUCUAUUACGCAACCUCUGACUUCUGAAAACGGCUUCUGGGGUAUCAGACGUGAUGGAUACUUGUACCAUUUCCUGAACACACCACUAAUCCUCAAGCUGAAGACGAAUCCCUUAGUAGUGCGAGUGAGGCUAGAGGAUGGUUAUGAUUUGAAGGGAGGAUGGUGGAGGAAUGUGAGAUUUUAUGAUGCCUCAAAUGAUUGCCUUUUUGCCGACAUUAUUGGAGUGCCUGCUGGGAAGGAACUCUUUCCAUUUGUGAUCCCAGAGGAGCCUUCUGUCCCACUGCGUGUCAUCCCAGCUAAAAUGACUCUAACUGUUGAACAGUUUGAACUGUUUGAACCAAAGCUAUCCUUUACGACGAGACAUCGAGUCUUGAUCGUCAUCUGUUUUUGUGUCAUUAUGGCGAUAUUGGUGAUUCUGUCAUUUAAUAUCGAUGACAAAGAGCAUGACAAGGAAAGCAUUUGACAAGCUGUCUAUUUCCUGAACAUAAUGGUCUGCUGAAAUGCCCGAGACAUUUUCAAACAAAAGGUUAUGGGCUGUCUGUCUACUCAAAGCGCCGGACUCCACCCCCUACCUGGAUCUGGACUUCCUGUUUGAACACUGUCCUUCCUUCACAGCUCCCUGGCAUGACGAGGACACUAGAUAACUAUUGCCAUAACGAGUAGUUAUACUCUGGGAGAAGUGUUUUUUGUUUUUUUUUCAGCUCAUGAACAUUAAAAAACAUUGAGAACCAAUCAAAAUCUUUCCAAGUGUGCACUUCGGUUGUUCACAGAAUGUAAAUGAACCAUUCUUAGAAUUAACAUAACAUUAUCGCCAGAUUAGGAUUGAUCCUUUCUCCGUAUCCCACAGCUCUUCCUGUUGCUCUGCAGCAGAUAUAACAAUCAUAAUGUUAAACGCUGGUGCUGUGUAUCUUUGUGAUGUAUCGUGUCGCCACCAUUACAGAACUGUUUGUGACUCGUUGUUGCUUCCAAAAACUCCAUGAAGUACAACAAGCGUAUCGAUGAG